GCUCCGACUAGCAUGGCCGGCAGCCAUGCUAGUCGGACGAGGUCCUUGGUGCUGCCGCCAGCGCUGCUCUCAGCGCCGCUUGCUGCGCUUCGCACCCUCUUCCGCGUGCUCUUUGAUGGCGAGUUGGUUGGCCAUAGGUCGAUGCAAUUGUCGCUUUGGCCAACUCUUGUCCUUCCCUAUCCGCCCGCCAUCAACAAACCGAUCUUGAUUGACGCUCUCCAAGCAGCCAGCGGCUUGUAUGCGUCGCUGACCACUCGCAGCAGCAGCCGCGCGCGCUGGGACCUACCUCCGCACCUCACAAUCGAGCUGCCGUGUCACCUUGCCUUCGUUCUUUAGCAUGCUGGUAUGAAACAAACUCCUCUCACGACGUGCCACGUCACAUGUCCAAAUGUUGAUCUCGCAUCGACUGUCAUCCCGCAAUCUGCCGCGCGCUGAUUGGCUACAUCCACCCGACAUUGCACCAUUCCGCAACCAGCGCCAUGCAGUCCACCGACGCGCUCUCGGACGAGCUCGUGCAUCAUCUAAUGACGUUCGUUGAAGCCCAAGCCGACGUCGCAUCGCUUCUUGACGCGCUGCCACCCGGUCGGCUCUCGGCGCCGCUACGCGCCCUUUGCUACCUCCUUUGCUCGCUCUAUCGCGGCCGCAUUGUGCGGCAGACGCAAAGCCAUGGGCACCACCUUUCAUUUUGGCCCGACCUCGUGCUGCCGUGCGACAUCAAGGCACCCGAUUUGAUUGACGCCUUGUACGAUUGCAUGCCUCUCUAUACCUCGGUGACAUGCGUCGGCCCGCGUACGUGGAAGGCGCUGCCGCCAAGCGCCGUCUUCAAGGUGGUCCACCCGAUGGCGCGUCCUACGCGCGUCUUUGCGAUGCUGCAGCACACGUUCGCAAGUCUGAAGCACGUGGCGAUUCGGACGUCUCUUCGCAAUCGCAAGUGGGCAGACGAGAACCUCCUGCGCUUGAGCGAGCUGCUUCCGCGCUUGCCGCAGCUACAGUCGCUCGACCUCGAUUGCACGAGCCCGCGCGUCACGCCCGGGAUACUUGCGCUCCUUCGUGCAGUCUUUUGUACGCCCCGCCUCACGACGCUGUGCUUACAGACAAACACGUGGCACGAGGACCUUGACGCGGUGUUUGCUGCCUGGAUGGCCGCAUCGCCUGUCGCGAGCUUGGACUUCUGCAGCCGGUUCCCGAGUGACGCGCCAACGUUUCUACGCGCGAUCGCAACGUCUCGCACCCUCACUUGUCUCCGGGUUGGCAAUUUCCGAGACGCCCGCAACCUCUUCUUGGCCAAGCGGCCGUUGGAGUGGUCGGCGCCGCUGAGUGAGCUCGAUGUAAACCUUGAGAUGACGCCCAAUGGUCACUCGGCGCUCAACGUCGUUUCGUGGGUCAACGUUCAAGUGCUCCGCGCCCAGUGCAUUGGGGACGCUGCGCCGAUCGCAUUGGCGCUGGCUCAACCGAGUGCACUCCAGCAUCUUCAUCUAAUGAAUGGUCCUCUCGUUCCGGCCAUGUACCCCGUACUCAAUGCACGUCUCGCCCGUCUCGUGGCGCUGUGCUUGACACGGAAUACCCUUGGAGACGACGGUAUUCGUACGCUCGCUGCCGCAUUCUCGACGUGUCUGCGCUUGGAGCAGCUCACGCUGUCCGAGCAAGGCAUGACGGACCGUGGCGUGACGGUGCUGGCCGAGAGCUUGGUCGCCUGCCGGUCGCUUCGCGUCCUCAACAUGGCGCACAACGCCAUUGGCAGCGAUGGCUUUCUCGCGCUGCGACCGAUACUCCCGCGCCUCACACACCUCGAGCUCCAAUACAACUGCAUCGGCCACAAGGCAGCGAUGGCCUUGCGCGGCCUCUUGCCACAAACAGCGCAUUUCCGCUGCCUCGAUAUGAGUGCCAACCCUCUGGGACGCAUCGGCGUGCUGGCCAUGGUGGCGGCGCUCAAGCCGGCCGUCUACCGCAGCGGCCGCCUUCUCGUCUCCGUGAGCGCUGGCGACGACCACGUGGCCUGCACGGCGGCGCGCAUGGGUCUGCGGGACCCCGACUAUAUCGUUGUCGGCGCCAUCGAGCCAGGGCGUGUGGCGUCCAUGCCAUGACGCGCAUCGACGUCGUAGUACCUUUAUGGCCGUAGUUGGUCCGACUAGAGAAUAGUACUAUCGUAAUAGGAUGUAGUCAUACACUUGGUAUACUUCAAC